AAGAUAAUAUAUAUGCCGAGUCCCUAUACAGAAACUGCUACAAAAUACUACAGCUUGUCUUUGACUCUUCUUCCUCGGAUCUUGAGGAGGAGCCAUUUAGUUAGAUCUGAGUUUAGGAAACCUAACACCCAGAAAACACAAAACUACUUCACACACUUGUGUUAAUUUGAGUGUAUAUCCACCAUCAAAAUGCUGAGUGAAGGUUCCAACAACAAUAAUCACUCAUCUAAAAUGUCCUUCAGAAUAACGAAGGACGAUGGUUUCUUCUCUAGGCUAAUGGCCAAGGAAGCCACCACCCCCAACUCUUCUUCAAGGAUCUUCUAUUACGGAGAAACUUCGGUUGCUGUUCCUUUCACAUGGGAGGCACAACCUGGUACCCCAAAACACCCUUUGUCGGAGACAUCUUUGCCUCCUCUUACACCCCCACCUUCCUAUUUUUCAAACAAAAAGUCCCACAAUGCCAAGAGUAGAAACUACUCCAAAGCCAGCAACAUAUUUUCAAGCAUUUUGCCAAGGCGUGUAGGGUCAAGAAAUUCUCAUCCUGUGUCACCAGCAUCGUCAUCUUGGUCACUUUCUUCAUCGUCUUCGUCUUCUUCUUCGUGGUCUUUGGCGCAUUACAAUAAUAAUUAUUCAUCGCCCUCGUUUUCCAUGAGAGACAAAGGUCCAGCUCCUUCGAAACACAACAAAUGUUCUAAUGGAUUUAGAGGCUGCUAUCCCUUUGGCAACACGAGGAACGCAAAUGUAAACCAUGGUACUGUGGACUAGUUAAUUUAAUCUAUUCUGCAUGAUUUCAAUAUUUUUGUAGAGAUCUUCGAAAGUUUAUAUAGCCGCUAAGUGUAUUUUGGGAGAUGUUAGUGUUGGGCUUGGAUGUGUCAAGCAUAUACAUUCAUGUCAUUUCUCGUGAUAACAAUAUGAAUAUGCUUCAAAUUAAUUCGAAUUCCCCCUACUCCCCCUUUUUUUACCAUA